UCGCGUGCGCACGCACAGCGGUCGGCCCUAUCCUCGAGCUGUGUAGACUGACACAGCCUCUCAGGUUUUAGCGAGUGACUGUGUCCGCAUUUACUCGGUCACAGAGUGAGCUCCAGCCACAGUGACAGCUUUGAACACACAAGCGAGAUCCGGGAGCUGCUCCAGCAGUCGGCGACAGGAGAAAAAAAAGUAGCCUGUUGAGGAAGGAAAGCACGUCGGCUGCUGCUGGUGCUGUCGCUGGAGCAGGAAAGGAUAUUUCAGGUGCACUUUGUUAGCAUAAUUUCAUAGGUAUCUCACUGUCGGACGGAGGACGCCAGAUUCGAAAGGGAACCGAGUUGGACGUUUGCUUUCUUCCACAAGAAGAUGGCAUCAAAUGACUCGCGGCUCCAGCAGCAGCCCUCUCAGAAGGAUGCGGCCGACCAGAACUUUGACUACAUGUUCAAACUGCUGAUCAUUGGCAACAGCAGCGUUGGAAAAACCUCCUUCCUGUUCCGCUACGCAGAUGACUCCUUCACCUCUGCCUUCGUUAGCACAGUGGGCAUCGACUUCAAGGUCAAGACUGUCUUCCGCAACGACAAGAGGAUUAAGUUGCAGAUCUGGGAUACAGCAGGGCAAGAGCGCUACCGUACCAUCACCACAGCCUACUACAGAGGAGCCAUGGGCUUCCUGCUCAUGUAUGACAUCACCAACCAGGACUCCUUCAAUGCAGUGCAGGACUGGGCAACGCAGAUCAAGACAUACUCAUGGGACAAUGCUCAGGUGAUCCUUGUCGGUAACAAGUGUGACCUGGAGGAUGACAGGCUUGUACCCACAGAGGACGGCCAGCGACUGGCAGAGGAGCUAGGUUUUCAGUUCUUUGAGGCCAGUGCUAAGGACAACAUCAAUGUGAAGCAGGUGUUUGAGCGUCUAGUGGACGUCAUCUGUGAGAAGAUGAAUGAGAGCAUGGAGGGAGACGCUAACCUCGUAUCCAACCACAGGAACCAGGGCCUUAAAGACUCGCCUUCAGAGAGCCAUGGAGGCUGUGCUUGCUAAACCAUCUGCCCUCUUACCAAGUUCCCCAACAAAUACACACACACACACACACACACACACACACACUCUCUCUCUCUCGCUCUCACUCUUUCUUUCUCUCACACACACACACAUGCACUGAUACUCCUACAUGAAGAUCAACUCCUUUUCUGUGCCUCAACCCUGGAAAGUGCCGCAUUGCUUCCUCUCUCUUCAAUCCAGCCACGCCCAGCUCUGCUUUGUUCACACAUCGCAGCACAAACCAAAGGACAGACAGCGGAGAUAAUCAGCAUCACCGCUGUCAGACCCCCUUCUGUUCCCCAGGCCUGCCUUUCUGUCUUAUCCCUGAAAGAGGCCCAGUCUGCCUCUGUUUGUCUCUGUGGUCUCGACCCAUCGGGUCUGUGAUGAGCUGAUAGUCCAGCAAAACCUGCCCCAUGCUCUGUCCACUCCCCACAUCAACUGCCUUGUCCAGUUAGCAUGAUACAUUUGCCACAUUUAAAACAUUUGUUGAGUACCUUUAAUUCUCUGUGUCAGGUAUGUGUGCAGGUAGCCAGAAGUUAGUGGUGCCAAAUACGUCUAAAUAAUGUGUGAGGAUAGCUGUACUUUUGGCAUUCAUUGUUUUGUUUUAGAUUCACAUGAGUUUCACUCCACAUUGACUAUAUAUCAUAAACUCUGUUUAUGCUAAGAGACAUACAUAUAAUUUAAUUGUCACUUCUUAACUGAAAUACAUCAUGUUUUUGAAAUAAUUUUUUGAGGCAAAUUUCUGAGCGCUGUGAUUGUGACAGUUGCAUGAAUCAUUUUUGUACAGCCUAUUUGAAAUUAUGUACUGUAUGUCUCAACCACAAUCAUAUUGAACUAAGGGCCAAACCAAACCUAAAGACCAAAUUUAACAUUUUGGGAAAAACGCUCAUUCUCUUUCUUGUAGUGUUAGAUGAGAUGUUUCUUAUCUCUCUCAUGUCCGUACAUUAAAUAAGAAGCUAUAGACAGCAGCAGACAUAUCGUUAGGGCUUUGUUAUCUUUGGGCAGAGCCAUGCCAACAGUUUACCCGUUUACUAUCCUUGAGCUAAGCUAGGUUAACCACCUGCUCACUGUCACUUCACAUAUACCAUACUGACAUGAAAGUGGUAUCACUCUUCCUAUCUAACUAUCUAUCUUGGCAAGAGAGCGAAUAAGCAGUUUCCCAGCACAUUGUGACAUUGAGGCAUCCCAUGAUCCAUCACUUACUAAGUUAAAGAUGAUGGAUUAAAAUGAUAAAGAAAACCAACAGGAUGUCAUCAUUAACCUUGUUUUGUAUUUUAAAUUUUAAUACCAGUCUUUUGCUGCUCUUUGCCUUCCUUUCUGAGACAGCUGGUGGUUGAUGCUAAUGGUAAUUGUUGUGCUCUGUCCUCUCCUCGUUUGAGGAAGUCGUUUAACCCUGGUGACGCUUGUACUUGUCACAUGACCUGCCUCAUGGCAUGUCCUCGCUAACCCCUUUGUGCCACUCUUUCUGUCUCUCACACAUACAUGCUUUCACCAUUACCCACACACACACACACACACACGUACACACAGACACACACACUGUUAUCCCUAACUGCAGCAUGGCAAAACAGUUGGCAUGGCAAACAUACUAUGCUUAAUAACUUGAAUAUUUACAAAAUAGUGAAUUAUCUUUUUUGUUUGUUUGUUUGUUUGUUACUGACAUAAUGACUGUUUUGUGCAAGUGCAGCACCGUGUGUGUGUGUGUACACUCACAAAGGGAACACUGAUCUCUAAGAAGGAUAGGUUUACGUCUCAACUGCUGUUGCCACUAUCAGGAAAAGUAACGUGCCGGUGCAGAAUGUUCGUUAGGAGAUCCUGUGUCACUUUAUAUCCCAUUACUGUAAAAUCUGUCAUCUUUUCAUUGAAGUGAAUAAAAUAAUGUUUUAUCAGAAUUCCACAGUACGUUAUGUUUGCCACCUGUUGAACUUAACAGCUUCUGUUGUUCUUUCAUAUCAUUUUUCACAUUGCAGUAUUGAACAGUCAGAGUCAACUCACUCUACACCACGGUAGCAGCCUCACGUUGCCAUGCCAAAGCCUGCCGUCGCUCCGCAAACACCUGGGGGGGGGGGGUUAGGGUCACAACUGGGGCUCAGCCCACUCCCUGCUAUUGCAUAAGCUUAGUCUCUCCCGUCAGUGUGUGCUGCUGAGGAGUGAAUUUAGUUUCACAGAUUAUCAGAUAGCUGGUUAUUAUCGUGUCAUCUGUACCACAGUGAGCUUUGAUGCAGGGGUUUAAGGAGAUUGUUUCACUGACUCAUAACACUACAUUUGUAUUACAACACUGUACGGUUUAGCAGUGUAUUUAAAUUGAAUGCAAAGGCAUCCAGAGAGCAUACAAUAUCUGACAGUUUCACAAUUGCAGCUGCUGCUUGAAUACAUACUGAAUGUGCUAAUGUUGUACCUGGCACUGCUGUGCUAACCUGUCCACUUGUCCAGUAUCUGCCAUAUUGAUAAACUACUGACUCUGAUGCUGUUGUCCAAAUAGGUUUGUAGCAUUCAGAGCUGUUAGUCUGGUGUGUCUUCUUUCUUCCUUUUGUUUAUGGUCUCUUUGUUUUCAUGUGUUGCACUCCUGAUAGAUAGAUUUCAGUCUGAUCAUUUGAUCCCUUUAUUUUCAAGUUUUGAAUGUUUUGGAUGGAAACAUUGUGAAAAAGUGCAUCUUAUAUAACAAGAAUUAAUUGAACAUGUUGAAAUGUGUAUAUGACAGUAAAGAAUAUAUUCAUUACUAAAA